AUGGCGCGACUGGACGCGUCCUGGACGCGAGUCGAUGCAUGGAAGGACCCAGAGCCGGUGGCCGGCGCAAAAUGGGAGCUGGUCGAGGAGAGUGAUGAGCUCGUCAUCCUGGAUAUCGGCGAGGCAGAGCAUGCCGCCAAGACAGAGGUGAAUAUAGCGCCAGGCACCGACGUCAGCCUCACGGGGCUCGAGACGGAAACGCCGAUGCUCAAGGUCGAUGGUACUGUGAUGAAGGGGGUGUGGGACGAGCUGUUUGGCAGCGAAAUCGUGCUGCGAGAGGAGCACGGCGCAGAAGAGGAACGCAUUAGCGAGUUGUCACCACUCGCACCGUGCACGGAUGCGAGUGCACGCGCGUCGGGCGCGAGUAGCGCGACGUCGCGGCGUAUCGCAUUUGUGCCGGCGGUAGAAGAGGGGGGGGCGCGUGGCGCCACGGACGAACCUAGCAUCGAGCCGACACAUGCUAACGACCCGUCCCACGGCGGCGACGCGCCUCCAGGGGCGCCCACGGCACCCAGCGACAUAGCCUAG